AGGUGGCCGGGUUCCCCGCUCCUCGAGUUCCCCCUGCUCUUCAGGGGCUUCUCCGUGCCCCUGAGGGUGCAGAAAUAACGCAGUAGUCAGGGGUGGACCGUAAGUGUUGGGUGAGAGGCCACUGACUCGCUUGUGCCCGCCUUAUUGUUGAUAUUGUUGUUGGAAAAGAUGACAAAGGCAGAAAGAUUCCAGAAUAUCUGAUCCACUUUAAUGGUUGGAACAGAAGCUGGGAYAGGUGGGCAGCUGAAGAUCAUGUUCUUCGUGAUACAGACGAGAAUCGCAGAUUACAGCGUAAACUGGCACGGAAGGCUGUGGCUCGCAUGAGAAGAAAGGGAAGAAAGAAGAGACGUUGCAGGUUGCCUGGUGUUGACUCUGUAUUAAAAAGCCUUCCCGCUGAGGAAAAUGAAGAGAGUAGUGAAAACUCUAUAAGUAGUUCUUCUUCUGAUGACAGUGAUGAUGGAACAGAUGAAGAAAUAAAAAGUGAAGAAAGUGACAUUGACGAGAGGACCGAAAUGAAAGAAGAACAAGAGAGUCACACAAAAAGGGACAUGGAGGAAAGAGCAAUAAACAUUGAAAUUCCUGAAGUCUUGAAAAAGAAGCUUGAAGAAGACUGUUAUUACAUUAACAGAAGGAAACGGCUAGUGAAGCUUCCUUGUCAGACAAAUAUAAUAACCAUCCUGGAGUCAUACGUGAAGCACUUUGCUAUUAAUGCUGCUUUUUCAGCCAACGAAAGAUCUCGGCACCAUCAAAUGACUCCGCAUGCCAAUAUGAACCUACAUUACGUGCCACCAGAGAAGAAUGUUGAGCUAUGUAAAGAGAUGGUGGAUGGGCUGCGAAUAACCUUUGACUUCACACUUCCCUUGAUUUUGCUCUAUCCUUAUGAACAAGCCCAAUUUAAGAAGGUGACAUCAUCCAAGUUCUUUCUCCCAAUCAAAGAAAAUUCAACCAACACUAACAGGAGCCAGGAGGAGCUUUCCCCAAGCCCUCCUCUUCUGAACCCCCCAACGCCGCAGUCCACGGACAGCCAGCCCACGACCGGGGAGCCGGCGACGCCGAAACGGCGGAAAGCGGAGCCCGAGGUCCUGCAGUCGCUGAGACGCUCCACCCGCCACAGCUCCAACUGCGACCGCCUCUCGGAGAGCAGCGCCUCCCCGCAGCCCAAGCGGCGGCACCUGGAGACGCCGGCUUCCAUGCCCAAGCUCUUCCUGCACCUGGAGAAAAAAACCCCUGUCCACAGUGGAUCAUCUUCACCUAUCACUUUGACCCCUAGCAAAGAGGGGAGUGCGGUUUUUACUGGCUUUGAAGGUAGAAGAAACAAUGAAUUGAAUGAGGUUUUGUCAUGGAAACUGAUGCCAGAGAAUUACCCACCAAGUGAUCAGCCACCACCUCCUUCAUAUAUCUACGGGUCUCAACACUUGCUACGAAUGUUUGUAAAACUACCAGAAAUAUUGGGGAAGAUGUGCUUUCCUGAAAAAAACCUAAAAGUGUUAGUAAAACACUUUGAAAUGUUCCUAAGGUUUUUAGCAGAGUACCAUGAUGAUUUCUUUCCAGAAUCUGCUUAUGUAGCUGCAUGUGAAGCCUAUUACAGUACUAAAAAUCCUCGGGCCAUCUACUGAAACUCUCACUGAAGAUKAAAUCUUCCUGUACAUAGCCCCAGUUUUGCCACAUGGCGAGGAGGACAAGAUGAGGAAGGAAUUGAAUUAGCUUCAGGAAGGAAUUGAAGUAACUUUUGACGUUGACAAAAUAGGAGAAUCUUCUGUGAUGGUUGGAUUACUUAAAAAGAAUGGAGAACUUCUUUAUGGAGAUGUAUAUAGACUGCUGGAGAUGUAUAUAGACUGACUUCUGAAUUGCUUAGAGAAUUAAAAGCAGCUUCAGCUCCAAAUGAAUGAAGCUCUGCUCUGGUGCCUGCUGCCUGGGACUGCACAGAACUGGGAAGGGGAGGGAGGCAAGCACAGAUUUGCAUUCACAGCAGGGUGUUCUCAUCAAGAUGGUUGCUUCAUGCCGCGUUUGGGUUUAGCUUGACCUCUCCAGCCUGAAAGAUGAGAGAAUCUUCACAGUUGUGUGAAGAGAAGGCRUAACUGGCAUCUCUUGGGUUGUUUCCUGCAAACUUUGCUUUGUGAAACUGCCCUGGUGGAAAAGACUGCUUCAUGCAAAGGCUUUGAGGAGCUGUUUGGCUAGUAUGAGUGAGYCUCAGGAAUGGCUCUGUUGUCUGAGUGAGACACGUGUUGUUUGCUUGGUGUUUCGCAAAGAUGCCCGGAGUCCUUUCCAGGCUUCCAUAGCAGGGAGAAGAGCACACCUUGCCAGGGAUGCAGCAUUGUGUGGCUGGAAGCGAGUUCCAGAGCCCAUAUUAAGAAUGGAUUCCUGCAAGGAUGCGGACUGUCAGUGAAGUGCUGACAGUUUAACAGGCAAAUAUUUCUUAAUAAAAUACACAGUGGCUGCUGUAUAAACGUGUGAUUGACUGUCUAAAAUGUUUGUUCUUGAUUAAUAUUUUAAUGAGUGCUUGCUAAGUGUACAUAGAGAAAGAGCCUGGAGUACUGAUAACAUAGGAAAGUUCUUCCUGUAUUGUUGCAUCUUCUUAAGAAAUGUCUCCUUAGACUUUUUAUACACAUGAGCUCUGGAAAUAGGUAUUUACCCAGAACUGAGUUUAUCGCAUUUUGUCAAUGCAUUCAAUAGUAAAAAUUAAUUGAAACGUAUUUAUUUGUCUUGAAUGCCAUCAAAACCUCGUCAGUGAUGGAGAACUCUGACUUCAAAAGCGUUAUGUAAAGACUGACAUGGAGAUUUUCAGCUGAGCRGAGAACAAGACCAGGACCAAGGCUCCAGAUCAUAGGUUUGUGCAUUGGAUCACUCCUUUCUGGUUUGGAAAACAUCAGGUAGAACCCUUACCAAUAAUCAAGAACUCAAGCUGUUCCUCCAGGAGAGCUGCAGUCUAGAUGUUAUGAUGAACCAAUUGUCAGAAGUUAAUAACAAACUAUGGUCUACAAAGUGAAAGCAAAUCUAAAGUUUACUGUUAGUCACUGUCACUUUUGAGAGUAUGCUGGUAUAUGAAAGCAUUUGAACUGGAAAGAUGAAGAUUACCUUGGGUUUGGUAAUAGUUGAAAAUAGGAGUCUCCUUGGCUUUAUGUCAAAGUUCCUCAUUUAGUGGUGCUACUUGGUGUAAUACCAAAAAAAAAAAAAAAAAAGCUUUAGGUUUUCCUCUGUUGGUUUUGUAUCUCAGCAGAAUCCAGGUACCAGAAAAUCCGUGUUGAGAGGAUGUUUUCAUCCUAGCUUUGGGUCUGCAUCUGUUAGAAACAAACCAGUCCCUGGAAAUGGCCGUUCCUGCCUAAUUGGACAUGAUUGUGGAGGGCUGCUGAAGACUUCAUCCUUAAUCCUUUCUGUUGCAGAAGUGUCACAGUGUGGUGAAUGCCUCAAAUCUUCCACUGAUGGUAUCUMCGCUCACAACUUGCUUUGCGUUGGGAGUCUAAACCUUAUGUGUGACUGGCUGGCUGUAUGAACGUGAGUUUCUGUAUGUCACGGGUUCAGUGCUGUUAACAUUGGUUAAUAGAGUAUGCUAAUUCUCACAACAGUUUAAAAUCUGAAGGCCCAGUUAGUGUCACCCUACUCUUGAUGUAAACUUCUUGUUGGGGCGACGGGGGGAAAAAGCAGCUGCCUGGGAUUCCAUAUUGCCAAAUCCYUUGCUCUCGUGACAGCCGAGACCACUGCUCUGCAAAGUGCCAGGAUCACGGUGGGUUUGUGUCUUCAUUUGGGGGAGUUUUGGUUUUCGUUCUGUUUUUUACUUCUCUGUUUGUAUUUGAAUAUUUAAGUCUAAAGUUCUCUUUAAACUCAAUGGGAUGUCCUGUGUAGGCUUGUCAGCUGGAGAUGCUGUAUGAGAUAUGAGUGUCCUUGACUUCCCUACUCACCAUGUUCUUUGACUUCUUAUUUUGUUACCUAGCUUUAUUGAAGCUGAAGUAAGGACUUAMAAAGGCCUCCACCAAACUGGCAAAGAGGGGGCUUUUCACCAGUCUUAAACUGGUGCAGAGACUUGUCAGUUUAGCUCUCAAAAAUUUUGUAAUUCUCAUAGCUUCUGAGCGGAGUAWUGAAGGCUGCAUUUGGGUAGAAGUUCAGUAGUGUAAUUAAAUUGCUGGUGGUCUUCAAGGCCUCGAACAUCCCCGGCUGAGAUUUUUCGAUGGGUUUCCCGUCCAUCUGGGUGGGUGUCUGCAGGCUGCUGUCUGGUUUCUGUUUUGGAGCAGCCCCCAUCAGUGCUUCCUAACCCCCUUCAGUCAAAAGGACAGAGAUUCACUGAAGCAAUGGGAAAACAUUUGUGGGYGUGAGCAGCUAGGGAGCAUUCCCGGGAGCAGGUUUGCGAGCAGGCCAUGGAGAUGGUGUCCUGCAGAGGAGCCAAGCCCGGAAAGCCAUUGGGACAGUCCUGGGUUGUGCUGCCCUGCGUAGCUCGUGCGCCUCUCGCUCCACGUCUCUAAAUGCAGGAGCGAGACGUGGAGAAGUGACACUAGCCUAACGGGAUCGUGUCCAGGGGCUCGGCGUGCUCUCGGCUUCCCUGCAGGGCAGGAAUUGCACGAGCCGGAAGGCGGCCCCGCCGCCUCGGCAGCUCCCAGCCGCACACAGACUCCCAACAGCGGCUCGCGAGAGCCACCCCUUGCAGCGCGCGGCCGAUGCCGCGGGGUGACACGAGCAACACAGCGUGCCGCAAAUACACGGAGCGGCCGGGGCUGGAAGCGCCCUCGCGUGACCAAAGAAACUUGAACAACAUGGAGCAACUUUUAAUACGGUUCAGCCCUGCUGCURAUUUCCAGCUUUGCUUUUAAGCCUGUUAUGCAUCAUAAAUAUGCUGUUCUUUCACGGGCACCAUCUGCCGCUAACACGUUGCGUUCCGUUGCUGCGUUGAUGCUCUCUCUGAGCUUUGUU